AUGGCUACAGGCGUGGCUGACCACCUGCCCUUCUUCUUUGGCAACAUCACCCGGGAGGAGGCCGAGGAUUACCUGGUCCAGGGUGGCAUGAGCGACGGGCUUUACCUGCUGCGCCAAAGCCGCAAUUACCUGGGCGGCUUCGCGCUGUCGGUAGCUCACGGGCGCAAAGCGCACCACUACACCAUCGAGCGCGAGCUGAACGGCACCUACGCCAUCGCCGGCGGCCGGGCGCACGCCAGCCCCGCCGAGCUCUGCCACUACCACUCCCAGGAGUCCGACGGCCUGGUCUGCCUCCUCAAGAAGCCCUUCAGCCGGCCGCCCGGGGUGCAGCCGAAGACAGGACCCUUCGAGGACCUGAAGGAGAACCUCAUCCGGGAGUAUGUGAAGCAGACCUGGAACCUGCAGGGUCAAGCUCUGGAACAAGCCAUCAUCAGCCAGAAGCCCCAGCUGGAGAAGCUGAUCGCCACCACGGCCCACGAGAAAAUGCCCUGGUUCCACGGGAAGAUCUCUAGGGAUGAGUCUGAGCAAAUUGUUCUCAUAGGAUCCAAGAUAAAUGGGAAAUUUUUGAUCAGGGCGAGGGACAGCGGCGGGUCUUUCGCGCUGUGCCUGCUGCACGAGGGGAAGGUGCUGCACUACCGCAUCGACAGGGACAAGACCGGCAAGCUCUCCAUCCCCGACGGCAAGAAGUUCGACACGCUCUGGCAGCUGGUCGAACAUUAUUCUUACAAACCAGAUGGUUUGUUAAGAGUUCUCACAGUUCCAUGUCAGAAAAUCGGCGGGCAAGCGGGACAUGUUAAUUUUGGAGGCCGUUCACUCCCGAGCUCCAGUCCUACGAUGUGGUCAGCGGGUGGAAUAAUCUCAAGGAUCAAAUCAUACUCCUUCCCGAAGCCCGGCCACAAAAAGGGCUACCCAUGCCAGGGGCACCGGCCGGAGAGCUCCGUGACCUUCAAUCCCUACGAGCCCGAGGGGGGCACCUGGGCCGCGGAUAGAGAGGCCCAGAGAGAAGCCCUGCCCAUGGACACAGAAGUGUAUGAGAGCCCCUAUGCGGACCCCGAGGAGAUCCGGCCCAAGGAGGUCUACCUGGACCGGAAGCUGCUGACCCUGGAGGACAAGGAGCUGGGCUCGGGUAACUUCGGCACCGUGAAGAAGGGUUACUACCAGAUGAAAAAGGUUGUGAAAACUGUGGCUGUGAAAAUCCUGAAAAACGAGGCCAAUGACCCGGCUCUGAAGGAUGAGCUGCUGGCAGAAGCCAACGUCAUGCAGCAGCUGGACAACCCUUACAUCGUGCGCAUGAUCGGGAUCUGCGAGGCCGAGUCCUGGAUGCUGGUCAUGGAGAUGGCGGAGCUCGGCCCACUCAACAAAUACUUACAGCAGAACAGGCACGUCAAGGACAAGAACAUCAUAGAGCUGGUCCACCAGGUUUCUAUGGGAAUGAAGUAUUUGGAGGAGUGCAAUUUCGUGCACAGAGAUCUGGCUGCAAGAAACGUGUUGCUGGUUACUCAGCAUUAUGCCAAGAUCAGUGAUUUCGGACUUUCCAAAGCGCUUCGUGCUGACGAAAACUACUACAAGGCGCAGACCCACGGGAAGUGGCCGGUGAAGUGGUACGCCCCUGAGUGCAUCAACUACUACAAGUUCUCCAGCAAGAGCGACGUCUGGAGCUUCGGGGUGCUGAUGUGGGAGGCGUUCUCCUAUGGGCAGAAGCCCUACCGGGGGAUGAAGGGAAGUGAAGUUUCCGCUAUGCUGGAGAAAGGAGAGAGGAUGGGGUGCCCUCCUGGGUGUCCGAGGGAGAUGUACGAGCUGAUGAACCUGUGCUGGACUUACGAGGUGGAGAGCAGGCCCGGGUUCACAGCGGUGGAGCUGCGGCUGCGCAAUUACUACUAUGACGUGGUGAACUAAGACCUCCCGCCUGUUGGCGGCCACCUGUGAGCAGAAGAGUCAUCACAGGCAAACGUAUUACAGUGCAUUGAUUUUGAGUCUCCAUCUCCCUCCCCCAUCGGGAGAGCCAGCCUCAUGGGGACAUGCCCGUGACUGUGGGUCCCCAAAGCCUGUCCUGGAACUACCCUCUGCAGAACAAGCGCUCCCCAAAGAGCGUGGGAUACAGACAGAAGGACAGCAGGGUCAGAGGGACUGUGGAUUCCUUCGUGCUUCUCUGUGUGGUUCUCACCGCAGGUUAUUUUCAGGGUCUGUGUCCACAUUUCCUUGUUGUCUUUCCAGUCCUCUGGCUCCUGGCUGCACCUGAGGCCUGCAGUCUGGAGACAGCCCACGAGGUACUGAGUGCUCACUUGCCCUGCACUGUCAAGGGUCUGCAGGGGCAGUGACACCCACAGGUGAUGCCUGCAGUGGAGGGAGGGCAGGAGGGAGGGAGACUCACCCUGCCCCUGCAAAGCUUUUCCGAUGGUAAAGUGCUUUGGGGCUUAGAAAAAUCAGGUUCUGCCAGUGCCCUUUGUAAGGUGCAGCCAGGUCAAGGGGACCGUCUGGAUGCUGCUUUUGCUGUGUGCGCUCUGAGCCAGGACGCCCGCGUCUGCACAAGAGGUGUCGCCUGCGAGAAGGAUGGGCUUGGCUGGCUGACCUGCUGAAGCCCUCCUGCGGACUCUGAAGACCGUCCUUACUUGUGGACUGUACCUGAAUGGAGACCGCAGGAAACAGGCUCAUUUCAUCUCGAGCGGGACGGAGGACAAGGACAGGCCCAUGCUUCUCCUCCCCCGAGGAGAAGGUGCCUCCUGAGCGCCUGCCUUUUUCUGUAUUCAUGGUGGGGCCACCCUGCUGGCCCAGGGCAGGUAAGGGUGAGUUUCUAAAUAAAGUGUUAAUUCAUAAUAAAGUCACAGAUCCUGCACCUCCCACAGGUAGGCUUUAUUGAGUGUGAUUUUGGGCUGACAAUACAAAAACCCAACAAUUAUUUUCUAGUCCCCUAGUCUUAGUUAAUCCUUAACUAAUGUUCGAUCUUAUGAUGGUCAUCAGGCCGUUGGUAGUCAGUUUUGCUUGGCCCUUGGAAACAGAGCUACUCAGCCAUCCGUCUUCAGUCAGGACACAACGCCCAGACCUUCUCGUCUUCAGC